GUUGGAAUUGCAUUGGUCGUCUUGAAGCGAACGUUGAAUCCGGAAGUGAAAAAGAUAUUUAAGAACAGCUAAAAGGGGUUUGAAAAGUCACUUCGACUGUUCCUUUUUUAAGCUACUGGUGGCAGACUUCAAUCCGGAGAUGGCGUCAGAAAAGUGCCUGCGCAACGGGAGUCUUGAACCAGGUCCAGUUCCCGAAGGCCUCAUCCGAGUCUACAGCAUGAGGUUCUGUCCAUAUGCUGAAAGAACCAGGCUGGUGCUGAAAGCUAAGGGAAUCAACCAUGAGGUCGUCAACAUCAACCUGAGCGAUAAACCCGACUGGUUUAUGAAGAAGAAUCCUCAGGGAAAGGUCCCAGUUCUGGAGACGUGCACUGGUGACAUCAUAUGUGAAUCCACUGUUACCUGUGAGUUCCUGGAUGAGCAGUACGAAGGCAAGAAGCUGCUUCCCUCCUGUCCUCUGGGCAAAGCGAAGCAGAAGAUGCUGCUGGAACGUUACUCUGAGAUUGUCACGCUCUUCUACAAGACCGCUACGGGCAGAAAAAAGGGCGAGAACAUCAGUGAAACGCAGGAGCAAGUCAAGAACAAGUUGAAGGAGCUUGAGGAGAUCUUACAGGUAAAGAAGACUGACUUCUUUGCCGGAGACACCAUCGGCAUGAUCGAUUACCUGAUAUGGCCGUGGCUGGAGAGAGAAAAGGCCUUCGGACUGACACCAUACCUGGAGGACACUCCUGGGCUAAGGAAGUGGAUUGAGUGCAUGAAGAAAGACCCUGCUGUCAAAGAAGUCAUGCACCCCGACGACUACCUGGAGGGGUUUGUCAACAGCUGGCUCAGUGGAAAUGCUAACUACGACUAUGGCCUUUAGAGACAUUUUCACUGAAAUGGUUGGGAUUUUUUUAUAUAUACACAAGGAAAUAGAACAAACAGUUAAGGAAAUUGGAAUGUGAACUUGUGGUUCACUGUCAAAACGCGGCACUUUUAAGAAUAAAACAUGAAUAUCUAUAA